AUGGAGAAUGCUGACAAGGAUGGUUUGAUAAAAUCUGGUGAAGAACUCCUGAAUACAGAUUGGAGUCUAGAAUUUCCAGAGACCAAUGAAUCUUCUGGAUCAAAAUCAGAAGAUCACCAGCACAAUGAAGAACGCGUCGAAGUUGAUAGAACGGCUCUGGAAUCUAUAUUACACGCCAGUUCUCGUUUACAAAAUUUAGUGCAACGAAACAAAGUGUCUUUGAGUGCAAUUAAUUAUGGCCAUCAAUCUUACAAAGACAAGCAAGUAAAUAAAAAUGCAUAA